AAUCUUUGUUUCUGACACUAUUUUACUGCAGCUGUCCGAGCUAAAACCUUUCCUACCUCAAAUGCGUCCUUCAUCUCUGCUAAAAAGCCUCAGCUCUGCAAGGGGAAGCGAGGAUUGCGACGCCACCCUAGACCAACAAGCAUAUUACCUCUGCUACAGCCUUUUGACUUUGACGAAUGAAGCCUCCAAUUUUGAGUUCUUACCCUCAGCCCAGAGAAACGAUCUGCGCUGUCUUUCUUCUCUGCUGGAGAAGCACAUUAAGUGUGACAUAAGGGAGAGCGAGAAAAUGCUGUACAGGAGCAAGGUGAAAGACUUUGUUGCAAGAAUAUACACCAAGUGGCAGGUUCUUCUCACUAGGACGAGGCCUCAAGAGGGUAUGCUGUAUGAUUACUGGAAGCCUCCUCCAGAAGAUGAGCUGCCCAGCAGUCCUCAAGGCCAGACCUGCAUCAAAGCACAAGACCCUCAGGAGAGUCCAGAAGAAGCUCCGACACCAGAGUGGAGCAGUUCAGAGUCUGAAGAAGAUGACCAGAGCAAAGACGAAGAAGAGGAGGACUGGCUGAAAGACCCUGAUAAUCUUCAACCUCUGGAGAACCAGGUGAAGAUGGAACAAAGUGCUGAAGACUGUGUGGAGGAUGUCAGUGAUGCUGAAGAGGAAAGUGACGUGCCAAAGCAACAGCUGGAGGGGUUUGAUAUCUCUGGAGCAUUGGAGGACAUUUCUGAAGAAGAGCUGUUUGAGGAUGAUGAAGAUCUCCUAAACGAGGAGGAGAAGCAGCUUCUUAAAGAUGAAGAAGACAGAAAGCACAGGCCUGUGGAAGAGGCAUCACAGCAGAUUGAGGACUUGCUAGCCAAACAUAAAGACACAUUAGAGAUGAAGGAUGGGAUGCUUUUGGAUGCAUUCAUUUAACGUUCUCAGGUCAUUUUAAGAAUAUUUCACACAGCACCUUUAUCAUUUAUGCAUAAUAUGCACAGUAUGUAAGGGUUUUGCGCAUGUGUGUAUUGUUAUACAGUCUUUGAGUAACACACGUGAUGCUUGUUUACAUCUUGUUUAUAAUAUAUGUAAUAUACCUGUUGUCCUUAAUUUUUUUAAAGCAUUUCUCUUUUUUAAGAUGUCUUAUUGGGGGUUCAGACUGUUGUUUUUUUCUUAAAGCAAUAUAUUAUAAAUACAUUUCAUUAAUUAGAACUUCUAACUUUUUUUGAAGGGGUUAAUGUGCAUGCACUGGCCAUCUGUUCUAUACUGUAUGCUGCUGUCUAAUAUAUUACAUUAGUUCUUUUUACUUUACCAAAAAAUAUGCAAGAUGUUUAACCAAGUAACAUUAAUUUAACAGCUACAAUUUAAUGCAAACAAUGCAUUAAACAAGGGCUUAAAUCAUAUCAAUUCACAGAUUCUAGUUUGCAGUGAUGUUUAAGCAUCUCGCCUGGUUUGAGUAAAGAGUAAAUGUUGUAUAUUUUUAUUAUUUUGUUGUUACCAUUAGCUAGAAUAUUAAUUCUUCAAGGAAAAGGAAGAAAAUGUAAAUAAUGUAAGGUUUUCAUGCAUAUAUAAAAUAGUCUGUUUAUACAAAAAAGAGAUUUAAAAUUUGGUUAUUUUUUUAGUGGAAAUAAAUACUUGUUCUGAUAAAAA